AUGGGCUUCAGAAAGAAGAACAAGAGUCCACCAGUCCUGAGCCAUGAGUUUAUCAUCCAGAAUCACGCAGAUAUGGUUUCCUGUGUGGCCACCAUCAUCCUGCUGGGAUUAAUGUUCGAGGUUACAGCCAAGUUCGCCAUCAUGUUCAUCACUGUGCAGUACAACGUCACCCAGACGUCAGGUAGGUCGUGUGUUCCUGAUAAGCCCGAACCGGUGAACCUUUAUCAGUACGGCCCCAAGGACAUCGCCACCGUCUUCUUCUAUCUGCUCAUCGCCAUAAUACUGCACGCUCUGAUCCAGGAGUACGUCCUCGAUAAAAUCAACCGCCGCCUGCACUUGUCUAAAACCAAACACAGCAAGUUCAACGAGUCGGGACAGCUAGCGGUGUUCUACUUGUCCUCCUUCGUCUGGGGCUGCAGCAUCCUAACGGCGGAGGAAUUCGUGACCAAUCCUACGUUCCUGUGGGAGGGCUACCCUCAUACCCGCAUGGCAUUUCAGGUGAAGUUCUUCUACAUCUGCCAGAUAGCGUACUGGUUCCAUGCCCUUCCAGAGCUUUAUUUUCAGAAGGUUCGAAAGGAGGAUAUUCCUCGCCAGCUUUACUACAUCUGCCUUUAUAUUUUCCACAUCACCGGUGCUUACGUCCUCAAUCUGCAUCGUUUAGGUCUGGUGCUCUUGGUCCCUCACUACCUGGUGGAGCUGCUCUUCCACGCCUCGCGUCUCUUCUACUUCAGCAACGAGAACAAACAGAAGGGGUUCACUCUCUGGGCUCUGCUGUUCGUGAUUGCUCGUCUCCUCACCCUCACCCUCUCGGUCCUGACCUUCGGGUUCGGACUCUCUCGUACCGACGGUCAGGGCUUCUCACUGGCCGAGGGGAACUUCAACGUUCUCACUGUUAGGAUGACGUGUCUGUCGGCGAUCUGUCUCACCCAGGCCUGGAUGAUGUGGAAGUUCAUCAACUUCCAGCUGAAGAAGUGGAGGGAGCAGAGUCAGGUCCAGAGCAGCAGGAAGAAAACAGUCAGUCCUAAAAACAAACCCAACAAGAAGGAGUCGUCAAGGGGAGGUUCAGCCAACGGCGUGAUGAGAGCAGAAGACAAAACGUCACCGCGGGCCAGGAAAUCCAAAACCUCCUAGGAGGGACGGCGGACGCCGCGGAUCCGCAUUUUCUCUCUUUCUGGACUCCUGGCUGUGGAAAAGAAAAGGUUCACGUAACGGAAAAUUCAAUCGCAGACGCUUUGACCGGACGCCGUGGGUUCGAGGUCGGAUUUGGAAGCCGGGUCGGGAUUUUUCGAUUGGCUGUUUGGGUUUUUUUCUUUUCUUUCUUCCUGCUCAAAGUCGGAACUGUUUAGGAAUUCUGGUGCCGGUUGGAUCCGGGGGUGAUCGUGCUUUGACCAAACGGGGGCGUGGCAAGGUUGGCAUGGUUUUUUUUAGCACCCCCUAGUGGUUGGAUGGUAGAUUUGAAUUUGAAUGUGGGGGGUUCUUUUUAUUCUUCUAUCCUUUAGGGAAGGUGAGUGGACGAAACCCGUCGUCCUGCUCCGCGUCACACACUGUGUCUCUGAUAAAACGCUCGGUCCUUUUUUUAAUGUCUGUUCGGGGUUAUUUCUUGCAGAUUUGGCAACCACGUUGCCUUUUUUGGCUGCUUGAGGAGGGCUGGUUUACUCGUCCGGGGCUUUGUGUGUGUAACACUGUAAUAGAUCACUUCAAAAAUCCAAAAUAUAAAUAAUAUGUGGCGUUCUGAGACCGGACAGGGUUCGGGUUAUUUCGGUUCUUAUUUCGGGAUUCCGGUGAGGAUUUAAACCUGCAGGGAGAAUAAAAGUAGUUUUUUAUUGGAGAUGUGUGCGAUUGGAAGGCGGUUGUGGAUGUUUAAACUGUCUUUGCGGUUAAUAUAUCGUGUCCGGUGCUUUAGUCCCUGUAUCCUCCGUGUGCUCGAGUCCACUUCGGCCGCGUGUGCGGUCAGUCUGGGUGAAAUGAUACGCAAACAAUCCUUUAUUAAGUGUCCUUAAUGACCGAAAACGACGGGGACGCCCUGUCUUACGCCCUAACCUUGUUGAACGUGUGUGGUGAGGGUGGGCGUGUGCAUGUCGGUGUGCAUGUGUAUGGACUGCAUGAAUCGGACAGACACGACGGGGCAUGAGGUUCCAGAUGUUUUGAGUGUUUGAGUGUUUGUGAAGCUUCUGGUUUGAGAUUUUGUACCAAAUGAGGGGCGCGAGCCGAGCCUCGGUGUAGCUCUUCUUAUUCUGUGAAUCUUAUCUGAGUACUUUUAAACACACACACACACACACACACACACACAUCCGAUACUGUACGAGUCUGUAUUGCCAAAUUGUGUCGAUGCGAACUUUUGCUCCUUCCUGGUGAUUUUGACCUCGCCGCCGCACCUCUCUCAUCUGGUCCUCGUACCAGACGUGGCACAGGUUUUACCCACGAUGCAUUUCCUGACACAAAACUCCUAUUUCUAUCCGGGCUUGGGACCUGCACUGAGAGCGAGCGCACUGACCGAUCUGACUGAAGUGCACCUCCCGUUAGCUAGACUGUUCAGCCCACCCUCGCACUUCCCGGACAUUAGCCAAUCGUGUCCAUGCAACCACCUGACCAGCCAAUAGCAUCACUCGAGCGCCCUCAGUGCAGAUUAUUCUAGAGUUCUGACAACCGGCCCACCUUAAAUCCACCUUAAAAGGCACCUCACGUCAAACACCCAGCAUUCCUUUGUUCCAGUGUUUGUCUUUUCAUGCUGGUGUUGAAUAACGAUCAGAAACCAGGAACCGAAAAUGUGAUUGAAGUUCGUUGGACGUUUUUUCCCGGUCUGGGUCACGGUGGGUUCGGUUCCGCCGGGAAACCCUGGGCGCAGGGCAGGACUCCCAGGACGGCGCGCCGAUCCCCUGCUCUCACUCGUCCCCUAGUUCUAAACGUGCUGCUGGAGGUUUUAAACACCGUGUCCACUCACUGUCCACUCUAUUAGACAUGCCUACCUAGUCGGUCCACCUUGUAGAUGUAAAGUCGGAGACGAUCGCUCAUCUAUUGCUGCUGUUUGAGUCGCUCAUCUUCUAGACCUUCAUCAGUGGUCACAGGACGCUGCCCACGGUGCGCUGUUGACUGGAUGUUUUCGGUUGGUGGACUAUUCUCAGUCCAG